AUGAACAGAGAGGACGAGUUCUGUAUUCGUAAUGAAGCUUUCCCAAAUUCAAAUGAUACUGAGGCAUCCACUUCCAACUAUCUCGACAAAUCACGUUUAUCUGGUAAAGCUCAGAACUUUUCAAAGGUGAUGAAUGGUACUACGAACAUUAAUGGCCAAGCUGAAAGCAAAUUGAGAUCUUCAUAUCUCGGUCAUGACCGUGAAGAGGUCUCCAGGAUAUUGAUUCAGGCUCUGAAUGAUCUGGGUUAUGAAAAAAGUGCAUACGAACUCAUUCAAGAGAGUGGUUACCAACUAGAAAGUCCCGCCGUUGUCGAAUUUAGAAACUCUGUUUUACAGGGCAAUUGGAUACAUGCAGAAUUACUACUAUUCGGCGGGCCAGCAGAGAACCCUAGGCCAGGAUUAAAGCUUCGAGAUGGAAUUAAUAAGAGUGAAAUGCGAUUCUGGUUACGGCAACAAAAAUAUCUUGAACUGCUUGAGAAACGAGACACUGGAGAAGCCUUAAUGGUUUUACGGCUGGAGCUAACACCACUAUAUCAAGAUACCCGAAAACUUCAUUUUCUAUCAAGUCUGCUCAUGUGUCAAUCUGCCGAGGAUUUAAAACUCAAAGCUGAAUGGGAUGGCGCGGACGGAGAUUCCCGAUUCAAGUUACUAUCGGACUUAUCAAAAUGUGUCUCACCCUCAGUAAUAUUACCCGAGAAUCGGCUAGCAAUAUUGCUUCAGCAAGUCAAAAAGAAUCAGAUUUCUAAAUGUCUCUAUCACAACACUGCAUCUUCGCCAUCACUAUAUCAGGACCACAUGUGCGAUAAGAAAUUUUUUCCAUCGCACCCUAUUAUUGAACUUGAUAGUCAUACCGGCGAGGUUUGGCAGGUUAAAUUCUCGAACGACGGAAAAAGACUCGCAAGUUGCGGUGAAGACGGAUCUUGCAUAAUUUACGACAUUGGAUCAUUUAAGAUUCUUCAAACUCUCACAAUACCGGACGCUGGAAUUUGUUCCGUCGCUUGGAGUCCUGACGAUUCUCUCAUUGUGACAUGCGCGAACGAUAGAUAUGCAACGUUAUGGAAUACAUCUACUGGCACACCUAGGCGAAAACUUCCUAAAUUUGGUGAGCCAGUCAGUAGCUGUGUUUGGGCACCUGAUGGUCAAACAUUUGUCACCGGCUGUCUUGAUAAAGAACGCAACCUUUGUCAGUGGAGUAUCAAUGGUCAACUAGUCUACGAUUGGGGACAAACUCAUCGAGUACAAGAUCUCGCAGUCUCAAAUAAUGGUCAUUAUUUGGUAGCUCUCGAUAACGAAACCAAAAUCCAUGUAUACAACUUCGUUACUAGGGAACUUGAGUAUCAGUUGGACUUGAAGUACAAAAUGGGAUCUAUUAGUAUGAGUCAAAAUUCCCGUUCUCUUCUUGUUAAUAAACUGGAUGGAGAAGCCAAAAUAAUUGACUUGGGGACUCGAGAUACGAUAAGAGAUUUCAAGUCCGGUGUAGAAGGAGGGAAUUUUGUGAUUAGAGCAUCUUUUGGAGGUGCCAAUGAAAGUUUUGUCAUAGUCGGCAGUGAAGAAGGUUCUGUAUACAUCUGGCACAAGGAUUCAGGUCAACUUGUUGAAAAACUUGAAGGUCACACGAAAGGUUGUUGCUCUGCCGUUUCUUGGAGUCCAAUUGACUCGUGCAUGUUUGCCACGGCUGGUGAUGAUACUAAAAUGGGCAAAUCUAGAAAACCAAGAAAAUUAUACUCAGAUACAAGGACAGCUUUAAAUUUCGACUUCCAGCACAAAGAACAGGAGAAUGGAGCUAGUGGCGAAUUGGGGUAG